CACAAAAUCGUUUCCAACAAGAUGUGAGCACAAGGUGGAACAGUACAUAUUAUAUGCUGGAAAGCCUUUUUGCGCAAAAGCGAGUCUUGGCUACAUACAUAGCAGAUCAUGACCUGCCCGCGACAUUCACCGCAUACCAGUGGGUGUUAAUCGAGAACGUUCUCUCUCUUCUCGCCCCCUUUGAGCAGAUAACAAAAGAGAUAAGCUCAUCUGAUGCAUCUGUGGCAGACGUCAUACCUUUACUUGCAGCACUAAAACGUCUUUUAAACAAAGAGGCUGAAACAGACCACGGAGUUAAAACAACUAAAAGUGCGCUCUUGGAAGCUGUCAGCACACGAUUUAGUCAGGCGGACUCAGAACCCCUGUACUGCAUCGCGACUGUGCUUGAUCCACGAUAUAAAGAUCAUUACUUGGAUGUGGGGAAAAAGCUGCGCACACGAGAAAUGAUCCAGGCCGAGUUGGAUUUGGGAAAGCCGCUAGGUGAUGGAGACGGUCAGGUGAUGCACAGCGCAGGAGAUGAAAACAGCGCAGAGAGUAAACGGGCUCGUACUACAGAUGAGCCGCGCACAGUCUCGCUGUCUGACAUGUUCGAUGAGAUCCUCCAAGAGAAUAACCCAUUUGCAAGACAGAGGACAAGCUCAACCGCUCAACAGUUAGAUGGUUAUCUCUCAGAAGUCCCCAUCCCCAGGAGCAAUAACCCUCUCGAAUUUUGGAGGACCAAUCAAGGCCGCUUUCCCGACCUGGCGCAGAUGGCACGCAGGUACUUGUCUGCUCCAUGCACAAGCACCGACAGCGAGAGACUGUUUAGUGCUGCAUCUCAUGUCAUCGAUGAGAAGAGGAACCGACUUUCAUGUGAGAAAGCAGAGAAGCUACUUUUCAUAAAGAAGACCCUGCCACUUUUCCUGAAGAAGUAGGCUAAGUAGGCUUAUGUCUAGGACAGUUAUUCAUUUGUUGUGGGUUCAUCCACAUUUUUUGCACUAUUCAAUGCACAUUUUUUGUUGUAGACAUACAGAGUUACAUUCUUUCAGCAGUCAGUUAUAGGCCUAACAUAGGCUAUUCAAGAAGGGGGGCUUCAAAGA